AUGGGUUUCUUACCCUUCACUACCAAAACCACGGAAACGGAGGCGACCUCGGAGCAAUCCAGCGACAGACUCAGUGUCAUUGACGAUGGCAAUCUACAAUUUACCGCCGGUGGGGGUGCCAAUUCCUCCAAGCUUACGUACCAAGAGGCGAGCGGUGCUCCGAUCGAGGCCAAAUCUCCCCUGGGGUACUCGGUAGGUGCGGUGACGGUUAUAUUCUUGAACUUGAGUAUGAUGAUUGGAACGGGUGUGUUUUCGACUCCAUCUGCCGUCCUCGACGGCGCCGGAUCCGUCGGCCUGAGUCUCUUCUACUGGGUGAUCGGGUUCUUCAUGGCAUGGAGCGUGUUGUCCGUGUACUUGGAAUACGUAUCCUAUUUCCCUAGUAGAUCGGGCUCCGAGGUCGUGUAUCUCGAACAGGCAUACCCAAGACCAAAGUACUUCUUCCCGACAGUGUUUGCGAUGCAGACGGUUUUGUUCUCGUUUAGUAGCAGUAAUGCUGUUGUGCUGGCGGAAUAUCUAUUCAAGUUGGCGGAUGCAGAAACGACCGCUUGGAAGGAAAAGGGCGUUGCUGUGGCAGUGUAUACCGUUGCUACGCUAUUGCUGAGCUUCAAUACCAAGUGGUCGCUCUGGCUAGCCAACGCUAUCGGUAUUGUCAAGUUGGUCACUUUGAUCUUCAUCGGAAUCACCGGCCUGGUCGUCCUUGGAGGCCAUACCCCGGUGACAGAUCCUCUGAUCAACUUCCGUGAUGCCUUCUCGGGAACAUCUGGAGCAUCUGUGUACGGGGCAACCAAUGCUUUGGUGAAAGUGAUGUUUUCGUAUGCCGGUUACUCGAAUGCGUGCAACGUUGCGAAUGAAGUCACAAACCCUGUCAAAACCCUUCGCUGGAGUGCGCCUGCUGCCCUGUUCCUCACAGCCGUGCUGUACAUCCUGGUCAACAUCGCUUACUUCUCCGCCGCCAGCAAGGAAGAGAUUCUCAACUCGAGUGUCACAGCAGCGAGUCUCUUCUUCGAGAAGGUCUUUGGCACGUCAGGUGCAUCCAGAGCUCUGAACUUCUUGAUCUGUCUCAGUGCAUUCGGAAACCUUCUGGCCGUGUUGAUCGGCCAAUCCCGCAUGCUGCGAGAAUGCGGACGACAAGGCGUCCUCCCCUUCACCGAGUUCUGGACUUCCACUCGUCCAUUCGGAACACCCUUGGGCCCAUACUUCCUCAAAUGGGCUCUUACAGUCAUCAUGAUCCUCGCGCCUCCAGCCGGUGACGCCUUCAACUUCAUCGUCGACCUAAGCAUCUACCCCUCCAACGCCUUCAACUUCCUCCUCGCAGUCGGUAUCCUCAUCACCCGACACCGGCGCAAACGACUCAACUUCCCAUCCUCCGGAUACAGAGCCUGGACAGUAUCAGUCUGUUUCGCCAUCUUAUCGAGUUUAUAUAUGCUCGUCGCGCCAUGGUAUCCACCCAGCACCGGUGCAGACGGCGGAGACGUAAGCUUUUGGUAUGCGACGUAUUGCGUUGUUGGAAUUGCGAUUAUCGCCGCCUGCGGAGCUUACUACUACCUGUGGAUCAAGAUCCUCCCGCGCCUAGGCAAAUACGAACUCCGCCAAACAAUCAUCACCGUCGGCGGCGACGCAACAGCCCAUAAGCUAGUCCGCGUUCCCGUUCCACAAGUCGAAGAAUGGGACCGGGAACACGAUGCCACGGGCCGGGCAAUGAGAAGAAAUGUCGUUCAAGAGGAAGUCCUUACGAAAUCGGAUUUAAAUGCCUGA